CAGACGUACGCAUGCACAGUCCACACACCCAUAGACCCAUGUAUUUUCUUUUAUAAAAAUGUAUGUAUGCAUGUUUUACAUUUAUGACUAAUACUUUGUGUAGUAUUUCGUACAAAUCUUUAUUUACACAUUGAAGAAAUAAAUUCUCUUUUUGUACUCACGCUUUGUCAUAACUCGUGUUGCAUAGGUGUGUAACGAAGCAGCGCCAGGAGAGAAGGAGAGAGAGGUAGGCAGCAGAAGCACUUAGACUAGAGUUGCAUAGUAGCCUGACAUGGCCGGGUCGGCUGGCACGCCAACAUCAAAGAUCGAACUGACAAUCUCUUGCAGGAAUCUACGAGAUACAGAUGUAUUCUCCAAGUCGGAUCCAAUUUGCAUUGUGUACCACCAGCCAUUUGGGUCAAGGGAAUGGGCCGAGCUGAAGCGGACAGAAUGCAUCGACAACACGCUCAAUCCAGACUUCGCCACCAAGAUCCCCCUCACGUACCAUUUCGAGGAGCAGCAGCACCUCAAGUUCCGUCUCUUUGACAUCGACUCCGGCUCCUCCAGCCUAGAGGACCAUGACUUCCUUGGGGAGUUUGAGUGCACCCUGGGUUUCCUGGUGUCCUCACAGAAGGUGGAGAAGCCCCUCAGAAAUGACCAGUAUACCAGUAGCAACAAUGGAUCCAUUAUCAUCGUGACAGAGGAAGUCAGCUCUUGCAAGGAGGAGCUGCAUCUGCAACUGAUGGCGAAAAACCUGGAGAACCGCAGCUGGUUUUGCGCUCUCGACCCUUUCCUGGAGCUCUACAAGGCAAACGAGGAUGGGUCGUACACUCUGGUCCACCGCACGGAGACAGUCAGGAGCACCAAGCAUCCCACGUGGAAGGAGAUUUCCAUUCCGCUGAGCACCCUCUGCAGCGGAGAUUAUGACCGCAACAUCCAAGUAAUGUGUAAGAAUUUCAAGUCGUCAGGCAGCCACAAGCUCAUUGGCACAUUUUACACUACAGUUCGUAAGCUCAAGGAAGGACCAGUGGAAAGUAACACCUACAUGCUCACCCAUGAAGAGAGACAGGUUAGAGACUCACAGCUAACUACCCUGAUAAUCAGAGAUGUUGAUGUCAAGAAACAUGAAAUUAACUUUAUUUUUUGUAUAUAA